CAACCCCGGAAGUAAGAGUUUUUUUGUUUGUUUUUUAGACAUGUCAACCUCCUCAACUCGUUUACACUAUUUGGUAUUUGUUUAGUUUACGACAUAACUCGAAUUUUGAACGCGUUGUUAGUUAUCACUACAAGAAGCCAUGCUUCCUGCUGCUGCGGUGUAUUAUUUCCCGUGGGAAGUGAAGUCCGGAGCUUUGCAGGACAGACAGUCUGUGCGAACAUUUGGCAGACUCACCCGCUAUGAGCCCGAGAAGUCCCAGGCUUCAUUAACAACUCAGCACGCUUCCAAAGAGCACCAUGUUGUCAUCAAUACCUCAUUUGUGGAACCAUUUAAUCCCAUAAUUGGAGCUCAAUAUAUAGUUCUGGGUGAAAUUGAAAUAGCUGAAGGGGUGGAGGGGCUGAGGAUCUGCGCUCGUGUCCUCAACUGUGUGGAUGGUGUAAACAUUGCCCUACUGCAAAAAGUCAUCAACGAGCAGAGGAGCUUCUUCAAGGAAAGACAGAGCCAUGUGGAGGAUGCUGCAGUACAACAUGCAGAUACAAAUUGAUCUUGAACAUGCUCAUGGACUGCUGAUGCUUUGGAUUUUGUCGUUUGUUUUUUAAUAAGGAUUUACAACAUACUUAUGGUGUAUAUCUCCAGUGCUUUAUUAAAUCAAAGAAAAAAUGUGCCACUCAA